ACUUCUUCUAGUUUAUCACUGCUUUCCAGAUGUCCUUUUAAACGGCACCAGACGUUGGUGUUUAUGCCUUCCGCUAAGAAGCGUUGCUGGAAAGCCGUCAGAAGAAGCGAGUCGCCAGUUACUCUCCCGCAGCUAUUAAGAUUCAAUCAUGAGGAAGCUUUGGCAAGUGGUUUUUCUGAUCUCCCUGAUUUCAACCAUUACUUCUGGCACCAACCCUGGCAUGAAGGGCCUGGUGACGCAGCGAGCAAUUGACUAUGCAAUACAGGUGGGAAAAGAUAUUGCACAAAGAGAACUGCAGAGUUUGGAUAUUCCAGAUGUAAGUGGAAGUGCUUCCAUAGAUCCAAUUGGAAAUGUCUACUAUGAACUUCAAGGUAUGAGAAUCACCAGCUUCAGCCUCUCGGACCCCGUUGUUUUAUUUGACGAAGGAGUGGGUAUGCAGAUUGGAAUUGAUGUGCUGGACAUCGAAACCAGUGGAUACUGGCAUGUCAAGUAUCUCUUCAUAAGUGACAGUGGAUCUUUUGACUUGAUGGCAAAAAAUAUUGUUCUGUCUGUUGUGGUGCAGAUUGGUAUGGACAGUACUGGACGGUUGUCUUUAGCUUGUGUCUCUUGUGAUUCAAGCGUUGGAGAUUUGGGCAUAACCUUCCAUGGAGGUGCAAGCUGGCUGUAUAACCUCUUCAGUGACACCAUUGACCAGAGAAUCCGCGAAGAGUUAGACAGAAAGCUUUGUCCAACAGUCAAUGAGAAAAUCAAUGACUUUGAAUCCCAACUUCAACGCAUGAAAGUUACGUUUCAGCUCGACCCAGCUGUUGUCCUUGAGUUUCCACUCAUCAAUCCUCCUCUUAUCCAGAACACCAGUCUUGAGCUUGACAUAAAGGGAGAGUGGUACAGUACUGCACACCACCAGGAGCCUCCCUUUACACCAUGUCCAUUUAAACUGCCAGUGGAGAACAACUUCAUGCUGUACUUUGGCCUGUCAGCAUUCUCUGUAAAUUCUGCAGCUUUUGCAUAUUUCUCAGCUGGAGUCCUAAAGUUAUAUGUGACUGAUGAAAUGGUUCCAAAAUCAUCUCCCAUCAGGCUUACCACCAAUAGUUUCGGAAUGUUUAUACCUGAGCUUCCAAAACGCUACCCCAACAUGUCCAUGGAAAUACUAUUGCUUGCCAGAGAACCACCGCUUACUAAAGUUCAAGCUGACAACAUCACAGAAUCCGUGUUUGGAAUUGCCAAAAUGUUUGUGGUCCUACCAAAUAAGACCCUGGCACCUGCCUUUGCCCUGGAAAUUAAUUCCAGCUUCAAAAUUGAUCUGUCUGUGUCUGGCCAGAAGUUGUGUGGAAGCAUUCAGCUAACAAGCUUCAACCUCAGUCUGUCAUCCUCAGAAAUUGGUCCAUUUCAGACCACAUCAAUGGAGAAGAUUUUUCGGCUUGGUUUGCAGAUUGCAGUGCUGCCAAAGGUCAAUGAAAAACUGAAGAGUGGUUUCCCAAUACCAGAGUUCAAGGGCAUUGCCCUGGUAAAUCCGCUCCUCAGAGUAAACCAGGGCUUUCUAAUGUUUGCCACAGAUGUUAAAUACCGGUCUCAGUCAGCUGCUGAAUAAAAGAAGAGUUGUCAGAUAUUGUAAGGACAAGUAUCCCCUUUGGAAAAGGAAGACGCCCAUUGCUGUUAUAGUCUCCCUAAGCUACCCAAGAUGCCAUGGGGGCUAAAUUCACUUUCUUUAAGUCUGAUUAUGAGUGAGAUGUUUCACCAAAUUUUAAAUACUGUGAAGCCAUCAUUUCUAUUAUCACUUCCUUCAAAACAUGUAGAGAAACAAAAAAAUAUUGUGACGCAGUAUGAUGAUUAUUAGGCUGUUUGCAGCCUAAAAUGAGUUUACAUGGGUCAUCAUUAAAAGUACUUGCAUAUUAAAAUGAAAAUUUUAAG